CGCACGUGGAGCUGCUCCCCGUCUGCUCAGCCAUGUGGGCCCCCAGUCACCGGCGCCUGUGUCUGGCCUUCCUGCUAGUCUGUGUUCUCUCAGUUUUCUUCUUCCUCCACGUCCACGAAGCUCUCCUUUACAGUAGCCUGAACCUGUUCACCCUGUGUGCUUGUAGUGCGACAACCCGGGUGGCCAUCUUCUGCCUGUCAGGCACACCGAAGGCAGCCAACACCUCUCUCUCCUGUCCCGAACACCCUGCGUCCCUCUCAGGCACCUGGACUAUCCACCCAGAGGGUCGGUUCGGUAAUCAGAUGGGACAGUACGCCACCCUGCUGGCCCUGGCCCGGCUCAACGGUCGCCGGGCCUUCAUCCUGCCUGCCAUGCACGCCACCCUGGCCCCCAUGUUCCGCAUCUCCCUGCCAGUGCUGGCGCCCGAGGUGGACAAGUCCACGCCCUGGCAGGAGCUGGAGCUCCACGACUGGAUGUCGGAGGACUACGCCCACCUGACGCAUCCCGUGCUGAAGCUCACUGGCUUCCCCUGCUCCUGGACCUUCUUCCACCACCUCCGGGAGCAGAUCCGCAGCGAGUUCACCCUGCACAACCACGUGCGGGAGGAGGCCCAGGGUUUCCUGAGGCAGCUGCGCCUGGGCCGCACAGGAGACCGGCCACGCACCUUCGUGGGAGUCCACGUGCGCCGGGGAGACUAUCUGCAAGUCAUGCCCCAGCGCUGGAAGGGUGUGGUGGGUGACCGUGCCUACCUCCAGCAGGCCAUGGACUGGUUCCGGGCACGGCACGAAGCCCCCAUCUUUGUGGUCACCAGCAACGGCAUGCAGUGGUGCCAAGAAAACAUCGAUACCUCCCGGGGGGAUGUGGUCUUUGCUGGCAAUGGCCAUGAAGGAUCCCCGGGGAAGGACUUUGCCCUGCUCACACAGUGUAACCACACCAUCAUGACCAUUGGCACCUUUGGCUUCUGGGCUGCCUACCUGGCAGGUGGAGAUACCGUGUACCUGGCCAACUUCACCCUGCCCACCUCCGAGUUCCUGAAGAUCUUUAAGCCGGAGGCUGCCUUCCUCCCUGAGUGGGUGGGCAUUAAUGCAGACUUGUCUCCACUCCGCUUUAACCUUUCCUAGAGGAGAUAUUUCUUCUACCCUGGUUCCCACGGAACUCAUAGAUGUUGUAGAGCAAGGUGCCUUCUACCGAUGCCCCGUCUGUAUUUCUGGAGUGAUUCUAGAAGGGGGAUUUGCUCCACAGAGACUGGUUCAAAUGCCUGUGAAGACCUCUGCAGGGCCCUUGCAGACCAGAUGGGGUCUAGCUUACCAGAUAGCUUCAGAAAAGAAACGUAUGAAGGCACAGCCAUAAUAAGCUCAGUGUUUCUCCAUCGCCAGAAAGAGAGAGACAUGAAAGGCAGACUCUGUAGCAAAGGAGCUGGGUGUGAGCAAGACUGUACAACCGUUUAACCCAUGGGGGGAAAAUCAUAAAGACUUUUUGCAGGGAGAAGGAUGGCUGCAGAAAGGCUGCCAUCUCUGAAGCAAGACUUUCUAGAAAUCCUGGGACACUUUGGCUUUUAACAUCAAAAACUCAAGACGGUUGCGUGUGUCAAAAAUCACCAGAGACAGUUGGAUGCUGCAUAUGUUGGCUCUGAGUUUGGGUUCUCUUUUCUCAUGAAGGAAAUUUCCUCCUGGACAU